AUGUCUGAAGAAGAAAUAAGUUCAAUAAAAUCGAAAGAGUCGCUAGAAUUAAUUAACGAUGUCGAUCAACUAAAAAACGAAGAAGAAGUCGUGGUUCAAGUACCAGUUGAUCCUUACUUAGUCACAUUCUAUCCUGAUCACGACUCCAUUGACGAUAAAGAAGAUGCCUCAAGAUUAUCACGGUUUCAUAAAUGGACAAUUGUUUCAAUUAUAUCGUUUGGUUCAUUAUGUGUCACUUGUAUCUCGUCAAGUUGGUCUUUGGCUACCCCAAAUAUAAUGUCCCAUUUUGGUGUUAGUCAAGAAGUAAGUACUUUGGGUAUUUCCUUAUAUAUAUGGGGAUUAGGUAUUGGAGCCAUUUUCUUGAGUCCAAUAAGUGAAUUUCAUGGAAGAAGAAUGGUUUAUAUAUUGGGAUUAGCCUUAACUAUUGCAUUUGAAAUCUUGACCGCAUUUUGUGAUAAUAUAGGUGGAAUGUUAUUUGGAAGAUUUAUGAGUGGGUUCUUUGGAUCGAGUUUUUUAGGUGUUGCUUCUGGAUCAUUUUCUGAUUUAUUCAAAGCAAAUGCUCAUGAUAAGGGGAAGAAAGAUGCCAAUAAAGAAUUGGCAUUGUCGUUGGUGUUGUAUUCAGUAUCACCAUUUGCUGGUCCCGGGAUUGGACCUUUGAUUUCUGGGUUUGUCAAUAGUAAUAUGAAUUUCAGGUGGACAUUUAUUAUUAUGUUACUUUGGUCAGUGUUAUUAUUGGUAUUGGUUGUAUUUUUCGUGCCAGAAACAUAUGAACCUAUAAAUCUAAAGAGAAAAGCUAAGCGAUUAAGAAAAGAAACUGGGGAUGAUAAAUACUACGCUCCCGUUGAAAGGGUAAAUACUACAUUAUAUGAAAGUGUACUUACAUCAUCUAGACGUCCACUUUUAUUGAUGUUUAGAGAUAAUAUGACAUUCAUAUUAUGUUUCUAUACUGGAUUUACAUUAGCAGUUGUUUAUUUAUUCUUUGUUGCAUUCCCAUACAUCUUCAGCACAGUUUAUGGAUUCUCAUUAAGUCAACAAGGUAUGUCAUUUUUUGGAUUAGUCAUCGGAAUGGUUCUUACAUCAUUAAUUUCACCCUAUUAUAUUGACAAAUUAUACAUGAGGUUGCUUCGCAAAAACAACGGAGUCCCCAAACCUGAAUUCAGAUUCACAUCACUCAUGAUUGGAGUGUUCAUUGUCCCAGUUGGUCUCUUUAUGAUCGCAUGGACAGCAUAUCCCUCCAUUCACUGGAUUGUCCCCAUGAUCGGGUCAGGGAUCUAUGGAUGUGGGACAAUUUUGGUAUUUAAUGGAAUUUUUGCUUAUACAGUUGAAGCAUAUCGUUUAUACGCUGCCCUGGCAAUCGCUACCAAUUCAUUUGUGAGAUCAAUUAUGUCGGGGAUAUUUCCAUUGUUUGGGAUGCAGAUGUAUGAGAAGAUGGGUAUACAUUGGGCAACUAGUUUAUUGGCAUUUUUUGCUAUUGUUUUGAUACCUAUUCCAUUCUUGUUUUUUAAGUAUGGUGAAUAUUUGAGGAGUAGAAGUUCUUAUGCUUGGAGUGUUGAUAUGUGA